AUGGCCCCAGGGGUCACAGUCCUGGUUGUCCUGCUCCUGCACAUCAAGGACCUGCCUGCCUGGGCUGCCGACACCUGUCCAGAGGUGAAGCUGCUGGGUGUGGAGGGCUCCGACAAGCUCACCAUCCUCCGAGGCUGCCCGGGGCUGCCCGGAGCCCCAGGGCCCAAGGGGGAGGCGGGCGCCCGCGGAGAGAGAGGAGAACGAGGUCCCCCGGGAGCCCCUGGGAAGGCAGGACCACCCGGGCCCAAAGGUAAGGAGGGGACAAAGGGUGGGAGGCCUGAGCAGGACGCUCGGGCCUGCUCCGUGGACUUCUAUCGGGACUGGGCCUCGUACAAGCAGGGCUUCGGCAGUCAGCUGGGGGAGUUCUGGCUGGGGAACGACAACAUCCACAGCCUGACCGCCCAGGGAACCAGCGAGCUCCGUGUGGACCUUGUGGACUUCGAGGGCAAGCGCCACUUUGCCAAGUACAGCUCGUUUAAGGUGGAGGGCGAGGCGGAGAAGUACAAGCUGGUCCUGGGCGCCUUUGUCGAGGGCAAUGCAGGUGAUUCUCUGAUGUCCCACAACAACAAGUUCUUCUCCACCAAAGACCAGGACAACGACCUGAGCUCUUCCAGUUGCCCUGUGCUGUACCAGGGGGGCUGGUGGUACUCGGACUGUCACGAGUCUAACCUGAAUGGUCGCUACCUCGGGGGGCCCCACGAGAGCUUUGCCAAUGGCAUCAACUGGAGGACGGGCAGAGGGUACAACUACAGCUACAGGGUGUCGGAGAUGAAGGUGCGGCUCACCUAGCCCGCCGGGCCUCCUCCACACACACCUGCUGGCGGAGCCGCACCUGCGGGCGCGGUGGCAUCCGACGUCCUCCUGUGUCCCCAGCGGGAAUGUGCUCGUGCAGUGCCCCGUCAACCCGACAGACACGCCCCACAGCCUCACUGGAGGGAGAACUACGCUCCUAAAAAAUGUUUGCUUGCCGACGGGCUUUUCCAGAUUAAAUCUGUGUUUGUUGAAUCCCACUGGUUUUGAGCAUUUUCCCACCUCUGUUAAACAGCAGAGUGAGGACGCACAGUUAGCAGACGGGACGACUGAUGACCAAGAGACUGGGUGGCUUUCACAUGGACUGUCAACCUCCCUUAAUGGAUGUGAGGUGACCCCCCCCCCACUCCCGAGUCUCCCGUGGCCCCUCGUGACUCACAGCACUUCACGCAUCUUCAAACAGGUUGCUUUGGCCUAGAACACGCUCCUAAACGGGGGAAGUUAUGACGUGGCCUUUUCUCUUCCCGCCGUGGCGGAGUCGGUGCUCCGGGCGGGCUGCCCGCUGCAAAGAGACGAAACACCCGACACCGGUCCCGGGGAGGCAGGAGCGCAUGGGGCAGGCAGCUGGCUGCCCGA